CCACCACCCCACCAUGUCGACCCUCCUAAGGACGCUGAGGAAUCUUCGCAGGGUAGGAAUCAAGGAUUACUGCCACCAGCUUGCGAACAUCGGUGACACCAAAGCCGGAACUUUCAUUGCAAAGGACCAAUUUGGCAACAAAUACUAUGAGAACUUGGAAGAGGAGCUCCCCCUGAGAACUCGAUGGGUAGACUACAAAGAACAAGAGUUUGACCCGUCCCAAAUCGAGCCUGGCUGGCAUGCCUGGAUCUCCUACGCGGUCGACAAGCCCCCUACCCAAGACCCCAUUCUCCAGCGGCAAGUUCGUGAAUGGGAGCCAAAGGAGCACCGACCGACAUUGACGUGGAGUCAAUCGGGCUACAAGCCAUACAGCACAACUAAGAACAAGUAUGCCGCCUGGGCGCCAGUUGUGAAGGCUCGACAGUAAACACCAGCCUCUUUCCUAAGCCAGUCACUGUACAUACAAACAAUUUAUCCAGCAUCUCUUGAUCG